UAACAAGUUGAACUUCUAUAAUCAUGGAUAGAAAAAGGAACUCGGCGAUGUUCAGGUGGCGCCGGACCACGAUGGCAUUUCUGGGGGUGCUGCUGCUGAUGCCUGCGAUACCCAGCGAAGCCGCUGAAAUACUGGGCCUGUUCGCACAUCCGGGCAAGAGCCACUUUGAGUUCUUUCGACCGAUAUUCAUGGACCUGGCCAGACGUGGCCACAACAUCAGCAUGUACAGCUACUUUCCGCUGGAUCAACCGAUGGCCAACUAUACGGACUAUACCUUUAAGGGAUCGCCACUGCUGACGGACGUCAUUGAUCUGAUGGAAUUCGAAAAAACCGAGUGGAAGCCCUGGGGUCUGCCCUACAAGAUACCCACCUACUUCAUGCUCCACAAUUGGGGCAUGCGCUUCUGCGAUGCGGCCCUGAACUCGUCUCUGAUCGCCGAUCUGCUCAGUUCUCCGCUGCGCUACGAUCUGAUCAUCCUGGAGCACUUUGCCAAUGACUGCAUGACCGCAGUGGCGCAUCUGCUGAAUGCACCGGUGAUCGCUCUCAGCAGCUGUGCCAUCAUGCCCUGGCACUAUAAGCGCAUGGGCACACCCCAUAUCAACCCGAUUAUGCCCAUGAACUUUCUGACCUACACGGAUGAGAUGGGGCUGGUCGAUCGUCUGAAUAAUUUCAUCCAUUUCCACACAGUCAACAUUUUGUACGAAUGGAUUACCCAACCAGCCACAGAUGAGUUGAUAAGCCAGAGAUUCGGCUUCGGACUGCCGCCCGUCAACGAGAUUGUGAAGAACACCAGCCUGAUGCUGAUUAACCAGCAUUACGCCCUGACUGGUCUGCGUCCGUAUGCUCCCAAUGUUGUGGAAGUGGGCGGAUUGCACAUAGGUCCCAAGAAACCCCUGACACCGGUACUGAACAAGAUCAUGGAGGAUUCUCUAUCCGGUGUCAUAUACAUCAGUUGGGGUUCCAUGGUCGAUCCAAGCUCGCUGCCGGAUCAUAAGCGUCGAGCUCUGUUCAAGAGCAUUGCCCAUAUGAAGGACUACACCUUUUUGAUGCGCUGGAAGAGCGGGAAACCGUUGCCACACGACAAGCCCGGCAAUCUUUUCACCUUCGAUUGGCUGCCGCAACGUGACCUGCUGUGCCAUCCCCGGGUCAAGGCAUUCAUCUCGCACGCCGGACUCCUGGGCACCACGGAGGCGGUACACUGUGGCGUUCCGAUGCUGGUGACGCCCUUCUACGGGGAUCAGUUUCUAAAUGCCGGUACCUUGGCACAGCGCGGCUUCGGUGUCAUUGUUGACUUUGGCGACUUCGAUGAGCAUCACAUAACCAGGGGACUCCAAACCAUACUCGAUAAAGGAUUCUCCGAUAAUGUUCGACGCUCGGCAAGGGCAUUCCGGGAACGACCCCAGUCCCCCCUGGAGCUGGCCAUUUGGUGGAUCGAACAUGUCGUCGAUACACGUGGCGGACUGCUCCUCGAAGGCAGGGCCAGGCAUAUCAGCUGGUUCGUCUACAACUCCAUUGAUGUUUACCUGAUCUGUUUGGCAAUCAUUGCCAUUCCACUUAUCACCAUCUGGCAGCUGGUUAGACUUUUACGGCGAACUUUGGGUAUAUUGAAAGUCGUGAAAAACAAGAAAACAAAGGUCCAAUAAAAUCAAUUAAUGAAAACA